CGCAAAAUCUGUGGUUCAAAUAGCUGUUAUUUUAAAACCUCGCUUUUGCCGCCAUAAAAACAAACGUCGCUGGAAACUGGAACUGGACGGAGUUGAUGCCUCUCCCUCCUCAAAGUCGCUCCCUCUUUAAUUCGAUUCUAGAGUGUACCCAUCAGAAAAGCCUCCAAAGAGGCAGGGCUCUACACGGUCAGAUUAUAAAAUCCGCUUCUUCUUCUUGCAUAUAUCUUGCAAAUAGUCUAGUUAAUUUCUACGCCAAGUGCGGUAAUUUACCUAAAGCCAAGCUCGUUUUCGAACGAAUUCGCGACAAAGACGUGAUAUCAUGGAAUUGCCUUAUCAAUAGCUACUCCCAACAGGGGCCUGCAGGCUACUCCCUUGUCAUGGAACUAUUUAAAAGCAUGAGAGCAGAGAAUACCUUCCCAAAUGCCCACACUUUUGCCGGUGUUUUCACUGCCGCUUCGAACUUGUCCAGCGUUUUCUGCGGUCAGCAGGCCCAAGCUCUUGCCAUCAGAACGGUGAGUUUUUAUGAUGUUUUUGUUGGGAGUUCUCUCCUUAAUAUGUACUGUAAAGCGGGUCUGCUUUUGGAGGCUCGCAAAGUGUUCGAUGAAAUGCCUGAAAGGAACUCGGUUACAUGGGCUACUAUGAUUUCUGGGUAUGCGAUCCAACGGCUGGCUGGAGAGGCUUUGGGGAUUUUUGAACUGAUGCGUAGAGAAGACGAGGGUUUGAAUGAGUUUGUCUUCACUAGUGCUCUUAGUGCUUUGGCCAUCCCUGACUUCAUUGAUAGUGGCAAGCAGAUACACUGCCUUGCAGUUAAAAAUGGGUUGUUAGCAUUUGUUUCUGUUUUAAAUGCACUUGUUACCAUGUAUGCUAAAUGUGGGGGCUUAGAUGAUUCUCUUCAAGUGUUUGAAAUGUCAAGUGAUAAGGAUUCUAUCACAUGGUCGGCUAUGAUCACUGGUUAUGCUCAAAGUGGGGAUUCUCAUAAGGCUUUGAAGCUCUUCUCUCGCAUGCAUUUUGCUGGGAUCAAUCCUAGCGAGUUUACCCUUGUUGGUGUUCUUAAUGCUUGCAGUGAUAUUGGAGCUGUUGAAGAAGGAAAGCAGGUGCAUAACUAUUUAGUAAAGUUGGGAUUUGAAUUCCAAAUGUACAUAAUGACUGCUUUGGUUGACAUGUAUGCAAAAUGUGGUUGUACAGCAGAUGCUUGGAAAGGAUUUAAUUAUUUACAAGAACCUGAUAUUAUUCUGUGGACAUCCAUGAUUGCAGGGUAUGUGCAGAAUGGGGAGAAUGAAGAUGCUUUGAGCUUGUAUUGUAAAAUGCAGAUGCAAGGGGUUUUGCCCAAUGAGCUAACAAUGGCCAGUGUCUUAAAAGCUUGUUCAAGCCUUGCUGCUUUGGAUCAAGGAAGGCAAAUUCAUGCCCGCACAAUUAAGUAUGGACUCAGUCUGGCAGUUCCAAUUGGAAGUGCUCUUUCAACAAUGUAUGCAAAAUGUGGGAGUCUAGAAGAGGGAACCCUUGUCUUUAGAAGGAUGCCUGAGAGAGAUGUGGUCUCAUGGAAUGCAAUGAUAUCUGGAGUUUCUCAAAACGGGUAUGGACGGGAAGCUCUGGAACUCUUUGAGGAAAUGCGACGAGAGGGCACAAAGCCAGAUGAUGUCACAUUUGUGAAUGUUCUCUCUGCUUGUAGUCACAUGGGAUUGGUGGAGAGAGGCUGGGUGUAUUUCAAAAUGAUGCUUGAUGAAUUUGGUAUUGUCCCAGGAGUAGAGCACUAUGCCUGCAUGGUUGAUGUCCUAAGUCGUGCAGGGAAUCUUAGUGAAGCAAAAGAAUUUAUUGAGUCAGCAAAAGUAGACCAUGGCUUGUGUUUGUGGCGGAUUUUAUUGGGUGCAUGUCGGAACUACCAUAAUUAUGAAUUGGGAGCUUAUGCAGGCGAGAAACUAAUGGAGUUGGGCUCACAAGAAUCAUCUGCCUACGUGUUAUUGUCAAGCAUCUACACUGCCUUGAAUAGACCAGAAGAUGUGGAGCGGAUCAGGAGCAUGAUGAGGAUUCGAGGAGUGAGCAAGGAACCUGGCUGUAGCUGGAUUGAACUCAAAAGUUGUGUUCAUGUGUUUGUUGUUGGAGACCAGAUGCAUCCGCAGAUUGGAGAAAUAAGAGCAGAGAUACGAAGAUUAAGCAAACAAAUGAAGGAUAAGGGUUGCCGACCUGAUUCUGAUUCUGCAUCUAUAACAUUAUCAAGUUAAUGCAGUAUGCAUUCACACCAUUCUUGUUCAUUUUGGUACAUUGAAAAUUUUGAAGAGGGGGUCGCCAACUAUUGAACCCCCAAGGAGCACUGAGAGAGGCAAUCAACCUGUCCUCUUUUGCACCAAUCUACUCAACUUAAUUAAAAACAGAAUUUUAACCCUCAGAUCAGAUGCAUUUAUUUUUCUAGAUUUAAACCUGAUAUUGUUUUUAAUUCUUCAUGUCUAUUUUCAUGAAUGCAUGCGUGGCCCUGUUUGAUGGCAA